UAACUUUGAAAGUUAACCUAUUACAUUUUUCAAAGUAAAGGUUUAGAAAGUAGCAGUAAAAAAAAGGAAAUAUUCAAAUAAGCCCGCUAUUUUUACAGCGGAAACUGUCAACUGCCAGCUGUCAUUAGUCACUAAAUGACAGUUCAUUUUGAUGGUUGUUGUGGUUAGAAUUUCUUGAAAUUUCUCUAAUAUCCCUUUAAUUACAUUCUAAUUGCACCAAUGACGCCCUAAAAUCCUACCUGAAAUUUUCGAUGAUGUCGAGAUAAGAUCAACGACUGUUAGAAAAAUAUUUUGGUGGUUCAGUGCGUGUGUUGACCGUCGUGGUUUGUCGGCCAUCGAACAGUGAAUAACAUCAAUUUCUACGACUUUGUGUAUGUAUCGUUGUAAUUAACUAUUUAUCUACCUCUUAGACCUGAAAAACUAUUUAAAACAUAGCAGAAGAGAUAUAGUUCGUGUUCAAACAAUAACAGUUAUUAUAAGUGAGCAAAUUACCUACGAAAAUUUGUUUAAUCUGGCACGGGUUGACGAGCUGGAAAUCCCGAAGUUAACAGUGACGCAACAAAUCGAGCAUUCUACAUAUUUCGAUUCUAAAAAAUUGUGAUAAGUGACCAACAGUAUUAGUUCCUUUAAAUAUUUAUUUUGGAUUUACAGUGGAGGAUAACGUAGUUUGAAAGUAAACACAAAAUUGUUAAAUGGAUCGGCUUUAUUAGGCAACGCCAUCUGUAUAAAUAUAUUCUCGUGUUGUGUAAAUGGCUAAUGCAAGUACCAGUAAUAAUAUUUGCGAAAAAUGGUACUUCACAAAAGAACAAUUGGAAAAUACGCCGUCAAGAAAAUGCGGAUUCGACGCCCAUAAGGAGCUCUCUUACAGGCAACAGGCUGCAAAUUUCAUCCAGGACAUGGGCCAAAGGCUGAAAGUUUCGCAACUAUGUAUCAACACAGCAAUAGUAUACAUGCACCGAUUCUACGUGUUCCAUUCGUUCACUCACUUUCCCUGGUACCAAAUGGCCGCUGCGGCCCUGUUCCUGGCCGCGAAGGUUGAAGAGCAGCCCAGGAAACUAGAAUACGUCAUCAAAGUGGCCAACAUCUGUAGAAAUUCCAGGGAUACCAACAUUGAUGUGACGUCCGAAAGGUAUAUAGCCCAAUCUCAGGAUUUAGUGUUCAAUGAAAAUGUGUUGUUACAAACGUUAGGAUUUGACGUGGCGAUAGACCAUCCCCACACCCAUGUGGUGCGGUGUUGCCAUUUAGUGCGAGCCAGCAAGGACCUGGCGCAGACUUCAUAUUUCAUGGCCAGUAAUAGUUUGCACCUGACGACGAUGUGCAUCCAGUAUAAACCCACCGUGGUGGCGUGCUUUUGCAUUCUGGUGGCGUGCAAAUGGUCCAACUGGGAGAUUCCGUUGUCGAACGAGAAGAAACCAUGGUACUCGUACGUCGACCCGACAGUCACUGCGGAACUGCUGCAGCAGCUCACCGAAGAGUUCCUAGUUAUAUUCGAGGCGAGCCCGUCUCGACUGAAAGAGAAGAUCAUGGCGAUCCCCGAUAAUGUAGCCCAUACGCCGACCUUGAACCCGAACAUGAAUCACGUCAGCUUUGAACCUCAAGACGCCAAAAAGACAGACAAGGAUGGAAAAGAUCAUAGAUCAGGUGAUGGCGACCCGCACAAACACCGUUCCUCUCGCCUGCACGACCCUACCGGUCCGAGUUCGCAACAAAUGCGCGAACGCGACAAGCACCAUCGCGAGCGGCUAGCUGCCGCCGCCCAGCAGAAGGCGAUGAUGGCUGGCCAGGUGCCACCUCCGUCGAAGCCGCUACCGCCCCCGGGCAGCCACCAACGGCCCUCGGUUGACCCGAAAUUGAAGCAACCGCAUUCGCGACCGCCCUCGAUGCCCCCCGGCGGCUACCAACCGCGCGAACCGAGGGACAUCCUGCGCGAAGCGGUCAGGGAUUCGCCGUUCGGCUUGGCCGGGACGAAUAGUGGCAGGGAGCAUAUGAAAGACGCGCAGAAGCAGAGGAGUAGCGGAGGCGGCAGCGAUUACCUGUUGAAGCCGAACGCGCAGACUGAUUAUAACAAUGAUAAGCAACGCAUGCGGUUGGAGUCGUCUUCGUCGCGCAACCGGCACGACGUGAAACAACCGGGCGUUGGUAGCGCCCCUUACCUAAAAACCGAGACUGAAAACAUAAAGAAACACCUGAGUGCCAGCAGCAAUAACAACACCGGUAACAGCGCCCCCGGCGGCGUUCAUCCGUACCUCAGCAAACCCCCGUUCGUGUCUACCUCACAGCCUCAUCAACAGCAACCGCAGAGAGUGUCAAAGUCGCCGUUUGACAGCGUGGAAGCGUCGAAGUCCGUCCUCAAGCACAUGCCACCGCAGUCGCAGCCCGGUUUGCCGAUGAUCAAAGUGAAGCAGGAACUGGGCAGUGCCGGUAAUGACAGCAUAUUCAUGCCUCCGCCUAUCAAGCAGGAAAUCAAGGAGCCUAUCGUUAAGGAGGAACCUGCUAGCCCGAUAAAGACCGAGGUUUCCGUGCCUCCAGUGAUCAAGAGGCCCAGUUUGUUUUCACCGGAAAAGACGCCGCCUAGGGUUAAGAAGGAGCCACUAUCUCCUAUAAUGAGUAUCAAGAGAGAUAAUUUAGGAGAAUUACCGCCUUUGUCACCGUUGGCGUCUCCUGUUAGUAGACGAAAUAGGAAUUACUCCAGUGGUUCGGAACCGGAACUCAGGCCGGUGAUGAAGAAAAUUGAUCAAGUGGAAGGAUUCGAGAACUUGAUGCGAGACAGCACGAUAGGCAUGGACAAGAUCCACAACGUAUCUGAUCACGAACUGAAAGAACAAGAGGCGAAACCUAACGUAAUAGAACCGCCACCGGUGAGCACAGCCGUAGUGAACGGUAUGGAGACCAAUCCGACAGUGAUCAGCAAUCUGCUGAGAGAAGCUGCCGCAGCUACGACAGACCAAGAGGCGAAAACGUUGACUGGAUCGACGAUAGAGAAGGAUCACCAUCAUCACAAAAGCAAAAAGAAAAACAAGGAGAAACACAAGCAUAAAGAUAAAGAAAAGAGUAAGGAAGAGAGGGAGAAAAAGAAAAAGCAUAAAGAUAAGGAUCGCGAGAGACACAAAGACAAGCACCAGCAUCAGCCAGCACAAGGCGAAUCGUCGACGUCGGCGCCGAUCGCCGAGCCCAUCAAGCUGAAAAUCCAAAAGGACAAAAUCCAAAUGGUGCCCGAAAGUUCGACGUCCGCAGCGGCGGCGAGCCCGAUGGCGCUGUUGCCCGGCCAAGGGCUGAAAAUAAAGAUCCCCAGGGAUAAGAUAAAGACUGAAGUGCUGCCGGAGUUGGGCGCCCCAGCGGGGGCAUCUACCACCACCCAUCAUCCGCCCAGCAUCAAACUGAAAAUACCAAAGGAGGUGAUCAACUAUAACAACUGCAUUUCCGGGUUGGAUGGAAGCAGUAGGAAAAGAGAUAGGGAUCGAUCACCAAACGACAUCCAACCGCCUCCCAACAAGGUGCACAAGUCGAGUAGCGGAGGAAGCAGCAGAGACGCAAAACAAAACGGCCGCCAUUCGUAUAGCAGUGGCAGUAGCAACAGUAAGGUGGCGCAUAUGGGUGAUGGCGAUGCAUCCCUGCACAGGUCGUUGGCCGAAUCUAAGUAUACCCACAAGAGCACAUCCUCCUAGUCGCGUGUUGUACACUUUUAAGUUCCCGACGAUUUUUUAUCGUUGUUGUUCAGACGAUAAUCGCGUUAUACAGUUACAUAUUGCGUGUCUACUCAACCACUAAAUGGUUCAAGGGAAAAUGGCAACACUGCAAUCACGCAUCCAUUGUUUUCGUGAGCAGCGCGAUACCAAAGUCGUGUAUUAGAAAUUGGCCGUGUACAAUGGGCGCUGGAGUGCUAGUUUCGUAGCUUUAUAUGGAUGAAGAUUCAACUGCCAACCUAUCGGAAGCAUUGGCAGCUGAAGUUGCUAGCGUUUACUUUUGGUGAAACUAAUGUUACACUGGUGCACAGUCUGCUUAUCUGACAAAACCAGUGAAUAUAGAGAAAUUCGUAUACAACUGAUGUCGUAAUGUGUACGAGAGAUACGCGUGCAGUACGUAAGUUAGGAAGAGAUAGAAGCACCACGUUGCCUAGCAACGCAGCUGCGGCUUGUCGCGUUGCCAUCGGCGCACUCUUUCUAAUAUACGUAAUUCGCGCUUCUCUUUCGUACACAUUACCUCGUCAAUGAUAUUUGGAUUUAUCUGUACCCAUAUUCCUUUGGUCCGUACUCCGAAGUAUUUGUAGUUUUGCAUUCAGUGCAAAAAUAUCGAACGAUUGGAGUAGCUCAUGCUAAUAUUGUCAACUGUCAACAAUGUCCUAUUUUCCGGCUCUUUACUUGUGAUUUUCUUGAAAGGACAACGAAAUGAAAGAAAACUUCUUAAUGACAGAUGAUAGCACGAGGCCGAAAUGAUAAAUGCUUAAUGUUCUUUCAGGAACGUAUUUAGGAUGAACUUUUUCGAAACACGGAUUCUAUACUAGUUUCAUCAGAUCGUAAAAUAUUCGGCAAACCAACACUUGUCCGAGGAGAGCAUCAGUAGAUUAUGACUGAAAUAUAUUUCAAUGGGGCACAAUAGGGAAAUCUAGAAGUAGAUGAGACUAGAAACAGAAUUGAUUUCAAUUGCUGAUCAGCUGUUUCAUGUCAAUAGACGUCAAAUCGUGAUCAGAAAAUAGGUUACCUUUCUUUUAAGCCAUAUAAAAGCGUGAUAUGAAUGCUCCAGCAGCCCUUGUACAGCCCCCAAUUCCGCUAUUUUGACAGAUAGAUAGAUUGCUCACUUGUACAUCAAAUGUAUGCCCCAUGCUGCAGUAUCGCUCAAGUAUACAUAUGUCCUCAGUAUAGUUUGCAAUUUAAAAGUUGUCAUUUUUAAUUUGUUGGCGUCUAGAGUAUAUUUGAUAUUAUCGCACUUACUUUCAAAAAAUGCUGCUAUUCUUUUCGUAACGUUUGAACAGUUUAAAAGUCGUUUUCUAAUAAGAGGCACCGUUUUCACAUCUUGGCAGACUGUUUUCUGUAUGCGUAAAAUAUCUGAGUGAAAAUGGUUAUGCCGAUUUCCCUGAAAACUUGUAUAUUAGAAUAACGAACUUAUCGGUUGUUUAUACGUCAGAAAAAUCACCAUGGUAUACCUCCGAAUAAUGCUAUCAAAAAUCGCGUAAUAUUCUGAAACGUUUUAGGUAAUAAUUGCUCUUUAUCCCAAGUUCAAGGUAUAGACAGUUUUGCCGUCUCAUCUUUCGAAUUACUGGGCUGUUUAGUUGUUGAGUAGUGUUACGUUGUGUCGUACGAUAUAUCCCUAUUUGUUUCUACAAUUGUUGCAUUGUAGUGGCUCAACCGAAUAUUAACAUUGAGCACUUCUACCUCAAAUUAUUUUCAAACGCUAUCCUGAUUUCCUGUAUGAUAAGUUUGAAAUGUGACGCUUGAUUUUUAGGAGUGUGCUUCUAGACAUAUGACUGUAGAUUUGAUUUAAAAAAAUAGAGAAUUGGAUGUGAUAACAUAUCGUGAAUAAUCUAAAAUUGAAGUAUCGAGUGUCGAUGAGAAAGGACUGUUCUAAGAAGAAAUCAUUUUGCUGCAAUGUAGAUUGUAGCUUAUGGAACAUUUAUUACAACAAAAAUCAACACCUGUCAAUCGUCAUAAAUUGGCGAUUUAUUUUUAUAAUAGUUCUCAAAACGCCUUCAUAAUGGUGCUUCCAAGUUUCAAAAAGCUAGUUAAAUGAUUAGAUAUGUUGACAAUAGACAAUCAAGUGGUAUAAUGUAAUAUAUUGUGAUAAUAUCGACUGAAUGUGUGUUUUAAAACUUUCUUCUUUUCUUCAGUGAUACUAAAAAGACAUGUCAAUAAAAUUUGAGGUAGGAGUUUUCAGUGUUACAGUUGGUUAUUUCAUAUGAUUUGAUUGAUUCAAACAUUAUAACUUAUAUACGGGUACUCUUUCUUGAAGCUUAUCGCUGUAUAGGGCCACUAUUUCUUAUUUAAGUUAUAGACUUUCACCAAAAAGGCGGCUUUCGGUUAAAAAUGACCACUUGUCGCAUACAUAAUAAGCAAUAACAGUUCCUCACAAAUUUCCGUUACGAUUCACUUUUUUUUACUUUCAUUUUUAAAUGAAGGUCGUCAAAUUAGGUCCUUUUUAAAUUUUAUUCUUUAUUCGACAAUGGAAUAUAUUUAGAUAGAGCCAACGUAACCCACUGCUUGGUUGGUGAGAAAGUUUGUGUUCUGUGAAAGUGAUAUCUUGGCAGCUCUUAUAAGAAUCCCUAGUUCAGAGCGUAAUAAUGAGUAAGCCUUUUAUAUUACUAUCCUCAAUUCUAUUGGACGGUAUCCGCUUGAAGAGGUAUCUUUUCUUACUGAAUUUCAAAAUUGAGGUAUCGAAAGAACGCACAAAUGUUAGUUGAAUUACGUAUAUUCGAUGUAUGUAUUGUUAUGUAACUUAAGAAAAUCGCAAAUUUCUGUGAAAAAACUUUGAACUUUCGUUUGAUUGAAGACGAUUCAUUCAUUAUAUGAGACGAAACGUGGCACCCGAAAAUUUGAAGCGACAAAGCAAGUAAAAAUAAUUUAUUAACAGUAUGCCUUGUAGAUCUGCCAAAAUAUCGACUCAGUAUACCAAAUCGAAAUUACAACUUAUAUGUUUCGAUGGGUGAUUACUUAAUUCACAAAUAAUGGAGGUUAUAUGUGAAUUAAAAUAACUGUCUUCUAGAGAAUCAGAUAUUUCUAUCUAAGCUGAUUGCAGAGACACAUAUGUGUUAUAUAACUUAUCAUUUUGCUUUUGGGGAUCGAGGAAACUAACAGAACCAGUACAUUUACUAAUUUGAAAAUAACAAAGGUAACGUUAUGACACAUGCUAUUACUUUUGCUUUGCAUAAUCAGAUUGGUUGCUGAAGACUUAGCUUCCGAUUGAUUGCCAAAGAAAAAUAUUAUGGUGCUACUAACAUUUCAUGAAUUCUUGUCCUGACUUGCUAGUAUUCAAAAUUACUGUAAGGGAUCCUGCAAAGAUUAGAGACGGUAUGCCACUUGUAUUUUCAUCAUUUUAGGAAGUGUGUAAUUGUGGAAUCACCCGUCAAAUAUAUAUUUCCGGGCACUUCAUGACAUUUUCAUUUUGAAUGUUACGUUUCUUGUCCAUGUCUCUUCCUGCUUACGUGUUUCUGCCUUUGCCUGUGUCUUAUAAAGAAUGGAAUUUAAACAAAAAGGUGCAUUUUCUGUUAUUGUAAUUGUUCAUAGGUCCAAAUGACUGAGAUGGACGAUGUUAGCUAAAAAAUGUUACUGAAUAUGUCCUUCUGGAGACAAAUUGUAAAUAUAUACUCACUAGUUAUUUACAUAAUUUUGUGAUUAAAGCGUAGUUAGGUUAGUUUAGAUAUGAAAUUUUAAAUUUGCAAUAGAUUUUUCCCUAGGCAUUUCACGUAAGAGAGAAAAAAAGGGAAAUAAUCGUACAUACGCUGUGGUAUGUAUAGAAACACUUGUAAAAAUAUUGAUAAGUGUGGUAGAAGCAUUAUUGUUUUUUAAUGUUGUUAUAUUUAUAGAGUUGGCUAUAUUUAACUUAUUUUUAUGUCUUUUGUAUAAAAAAAUGUAUGAUUUUUUAUACCUAUUGUGCAGCAUAGUGGCACAAGCCCCUUUUAGUUUUGCAAAUAAAAACUGAAAAGAAAGUUAUAUGCUUUGUUUUUUGUCAUAGAGUAUAUGUUGUAUAUACAAGAAAGGAUUGUUUUUUGUUUUGAGGGAUAGGCAAUCAGAGGGGAAUGUAAAAAUAUCUAAAAAACCUAUGAUAUAUAUUAUGAUAAAAAUUCUUGAUUUAAAUUAUCGAUUCUUAUUAUAAUUCAUGUUUACUGCCUCAACUGAUUAGUUGGACUGUAAUGUACAUAAAUGAAUAGGCCUUUUUUACUUGUUGUGUAUUUUGUAUAACUACUUUAGUUAUGAAAUAAAAAAAUUCAAAGUUUCAUCAGAUUUUUUCCUUAUCCAUUUGUUUCAAUGUUUUAGUGAAUGUGCCUAAGUUUUGAUUAUACAUCAAAACAAUCUAUUUAUUAUAUCG